AUGCCGCCAAAAUGUGCGGGGCAAGAGGGGGACAACCUUGUGCCGUGUGUCUUCAGCACCCAAGACAUCGGCCAGGCUGCACGCGUGCAGCCGGGGCGCCACGGCGGCGGGUCGCGGUGCCUCUUCUGCGCCGGCGACGUCUUGAACCAGCGCUUGGCCACUGCCCGCGGCAAGGGGGUCAUCACGACGGCUUUGGCAUUUUUUCAAGAGCAUGGGCCUCUUGACGUCCUUCCGCAGGCCGUCCAGCGCGUGAAAGCUUUGGCCGGCGAGGAUGCUUGGACUGAAUGUGCCACGCGCUUGCAGCACUGCUUGCAGAAACGUGGCCGUACACAACAAGACCGUGCAGAGCGGCGGCAGCAGAAUGCCCGCAACCGAGCCGGGGGACUCGCAACGUGGGCGCCGGUCUUGGAAGAGCGGCGGGCUCAAUAUUCCCCAUCGGCGCAGGAUGUGGCUGCAGAGAAGACGGCAGAGCUGGCGCAGCAGCGUGCAUUGCAGCGCAAGUUCCCUGCUGUGUACAAUCCAGAUGUUCGCGACCCCAGCAAGUGGCAAACGGAAAUGGCAGCGACCUUCCGCCGUUUCGCACAGGAUUGGUCCUGGUCUUCCUGCCAGAAAUGCCACCGCAUGGUGCCACAAAAAUUCCACCCCAAGCAUGUGCGGUCGGCGGGACGCUUGCGGCCCCAGCUAAAAGCGUGUGCCCACUGCAAGAGUGGCGUGGGCUACUGGUCACCCCGUCCUUCAGAUGUGCCUGAGCCUUUACGUCAACUUCCACAGUCCGUUCUUGACGCCUUGGCCAUCCUGGAUGUCUACACCGGCCCCUCGGAGAGGGCACCUCAAGGUUACUUGGUCCACACAGGGUGUGUUCGCUUCAGCUGGAAGCCGACCUCCGUUGAAGAGCGCUUGAGCGGUCUUCCGCGCCCGGAGUGGCGCCUGGGCCGGGCUGCUUACGAGUGGCUCAUCGCGGCGGAGGACUGCACCUACCUCGACUUCCUUCAAGCCCACGCCGCCUUCCUUCGCCAGCGUCAGCGUCUCUUGGACCAAGCCGAGCUCGAGACCUCGGCGCCCAUCCCCUCUGACCGGCGCCGCUUGGAUCGUGCACGCCGCGUGGCCGCUGGUGACGAGGAGCCGGACGACUUCGAAGCGGUCGAUGCGGACGGAGAUGCGGCAAUGCCUGCGGUUGUGGACGACGGCUCUGACCUCGAGGAGGACUCCGACGAGCCCAUCGAAGACGGAGACGGUCCAGGAGGGACGGAAACGCGGCAGAGCGCCAAGGAAAUUCUUCAUGGCAAAGGUUUUCUCUUCCGUCAUCGGGGCUAUGGCUCCACGCCCCCUUCGCCCAAUUUGGUCUACGACUUAUGCUGUGGAUUUCGCUUUGUGGGGGCCGCGCAAACGCCGCAGGCCUGCAAGAAGAUGGACGCAGCACGUGCUGGCGGCCGAGGAUCCCGCGACUGCGACGGUCGUGGAGAUGUUUUGGGCGCCUGGAAUUCCGAUGGCAAAAGGAGCGACAAGUGGGGCCUUCCCAGUCCUAUCAUGUUUUGGCCGUGUGCAACCUUGCACCAUGCUGGUCCGGUGCAGAUGCGGCCAAGUGCCCUGUCCCGCAUCUUACCGCCGACAUUCCUCUGCAAGAUGACGAUCCGAUUUCCCAUCGCACCCACGUCUCGCGCCGUCAUGCCUGACGUCCUCGAAGCACUGCAGUGUCAUAUGGACGUCCAGAUGGGCGACGGCCGGGGAUUGCUGCUGCAGUACACCUCCACGUACGCGGCGAAGUUCAGCGACCAGUUCGCAAGCAGUUGGCUCAACGAGGAGGCGACCGACUUCCAGCUUGUUGCUGCAGACGGGGGUGUUGCGGCGAUGGUCCUGCGACCUCCUGGAAAGCUUCCCCCCAGCCGCUGGAGCAGCGUACAUGACUUCUUCCUGGCGCCCGGUGUUGCACGCAUCCUCGAGUUUUUCUCAGGCUGCCAAUUGAGUCGGGCAGCGCUCAGAAACCGCCGGCGCGUCCUGGUGGCCGCUGCCAUGGAUUCAGCCUUCCACGAAAGCUUUUAUGGCCAGUGGCUGCUGCUCCACGUGCCUUUCCGUACCUUCGCGGAGCUUUGUGAUGACCGCGUUCUUGCUGUACCUGAAGGCUAUCGCAUGUUGGCCCUGUGUCUUUUGAAGCGCCCCGGCUUCUGGCGCCGUCUGCACGACGUUCGGGACGAGUUGCAGUUGGAGGGCCACAGAGACGCCCACAUCUGCAAUGUCCUCAGCAUGGUGGAAAGUCGCACGGCCGUCAUCGAUGCUUACCUCUCGGGACAGCUCACCCUGGACGAGGACAUGCCUCCGGCCGACGGCUUCCUGGACGCGCCCGAAGUUGGCUAUCAGGGCGAGCUGGACCCAGAGCAGGCCGUCGUCGUCGAACACAUCCGGACCAUGGUCAACUUGGCGCUGGAACGCCGCUACCCUGAAGACCCCGACGGCACCGCCAUGCAGGAGUAUGUCCGGAAGCUGCAAACCAGCAGGGCACAGGUGGCCCGUCCCUUCUGCGUGCUGGGUCCUGCGGGGUCCGGCAAAAGCACGGCCGUGGAAGUGGCAAUCCGUCGCGCUGUCGACGCCGGCGCCCACGUGGGCAUCGCCUGUCCGACGGGUAUGCUUGCAAGCUCAUACCGCAGCAAGUUUCCCGGCUUGGACGUGGACACCUUGCAUGGCAUGUUCCUCCUGCACUUGCCGCAAGAGCAGACCUGGGACUGCAUGGCCUCCUUCGACGUGGUCGUCAUCGAUGAGAUCGGCCAGCUCUCGCGCUACACCCUGGAACGGUUGUUGUGGCUUUGGGACAACGCGGACCGCCGCCCCGCUAUCAUCUUCCUCGGCGACUUCCACCAACUCCGUGGGAUGGACAGUACCCGGGCCUGCGACAGCCCACGUUGGCAGCCGGUCGUCGUGCGCCACUUGCGCACUAUGCGCCGUUGCAAGUGCGCGGAACUGCGGUGGAAGUUGGAGCUCUUGCGGACUGCCAAGCCCAAUAAAGACCAGCUGCAUCGCAUCCUUCGCGGCCAUCGCGCUGCUCCGGAUCGCGGUCCGGGCGUGAGCCCAGAGCCCACGGAGCUGCACGUCCAGUUCAUCCUGGAGGAAACCCCACAGACUCUCUUCCUAACGAUCACGCGGCGCAACGCUGCCCUACUCAACGACCUGGCAGUCCAGGCACUCUACUCCGACGCGCUUCCCCUCGCGGUCGUUCCGGGCGACUACGAAAGCAACCUCGCCAACUACAACCAGGCCGGCCAGCUUGUCGACUGCGAGCCCGUGCAAGUCGCCAUCUACGAGGGUAUGCGGGUCACCCUGACCCGAAACCUCCAGAAGGAGCAGAACUUCGUCAACGGCAUGCGCUGCGUGGUUCUGGGGAUGCAGCGCGGCUCCGUGCUGGUCCGCACCGAGUGCGGCAACGUGCUCUCGGUUUUCCCCUUUACGGACGACGAGAUUGACAUCGACGGCGAGCAGCACCGUGCAACCUACUUCCCUCUCCGACUCGGCUAUGCCGUCACCUUGCAGAAGAUCCAAGGCGCCACCCUGGAGCAUAUUACUGUGUGGCUCGAUGUACCGAAUGUAGAAGCGGCUGCUUAUGUCGCCCUCUCCCGGGUCCAGUAUGACAACCAGUGGCGUUUUCUUGGACAUGCCACGCGACAUCACUUCACGCCCGCAGAGGACGUUUCGCAGCUUUGCAUGAUCCCGGCACACUCCUUCCAGAUGAAAAGUGCACGCACAUGUCGUCGUCCCUCGCGGUCGAGGUCAGCAUGUGCCGCUGAGAGCUGCUUAGUCCUCCAGUCUUCGGAUCCUGCUUCUAGCUGGCUUACAAGUGCCUCGCAUGUGCUCUCCUGGCUCAAGCUAUCUUCAGACCGCUGUAUUCUAGCAUUUGGCUCGACGGCCAGCCUCGGACAAGCCAUGCCGCCAAAAUGUGCGGGGCAAGAGGGGGACAACCUUGUGCCGUGUGUCUUCAGCACCCAAGACAUCGGCCAGGCUGCACGCGUGCAGCCGGGGCGCCACGGCGGCGGGUCGCGGUGCCUCUUCUGCGCCGGCGACGUCUUGAACCAGCGCUUGGCCACUGCCCGCGGCAAGGGGGUCAUCACGACGGCUUUGGCAUUUUUUCAAGAGCAUGGGCCUCUUGACGUCCUUCCGCAGGCCGUCCAGCGCGUGAAAGCUUUGGCCGGCGAGGAUGCUUGGACUGAAUGUGCCACGCGCUUGCAGCACUGCUUGCAGAAACGUGGCCGUACACAACAAGACCGUGCAGAGCGGCGGCAGCAGAAUGCCCGCAACCGAGCCGGGGGACUCGCAACGUGGGCGCCGGUCUUGGAAGAGCGGCGGGCUCAAUAUUCCCCAUCGGCGCAGGAUGUGGCUGCAGAGAAGACGGCAGAGCUGGCGCAGCAGCGUGCAUUGCAGCGCAAGUUCCCUGCUGUGUACAAUCCAGAUGUUCGCGACCCCAGCAAGUGGCAAACGGAAAUGGCAGCGACCUUCCGCCGUUUCGCACAGGAUUGGUCCUGGUCUUCAUGCCAGAAAUGCCACCGCAUGGUGCCACAAAAAUUCCACCCCAAGCAUGUGCGGUCGGCGGGACGCUUGCGGCCCCAGCUAAAAGCGUGUGCCCACUGCAAGAGUGGCGUGGGCUACUGGUCACCCCGUCCUUCAGAUGUGCCUGAGCCUUUACGUCAACUUCCACAGUCCGUUCUUGACGCCUUGGCCAUCCUGGAUGUCUACACCGGCCCCUUGGAGAGGGCACCUCAAGGUUACUUGGUCCACACAGGGUGUGUUCGCUUCAGCUGGAAGCCGACCUCCGUUGAAGAGCGCUUGAGCGGUCUUCCGCGCCCGGAGUGGCGCCUGGGCCGGGCUGCUUACGAGUGGCUCAUCGCGGCGGAGGACUGCACCUACCUCGACUUCCUUCAAGCCCACGACGCCUUCCUUCGCCAGCGUCAGCGUCUCUUGGACCAAGCCGAGCUCGAGACCUCGGCGCCCAUCCCGUGGCUGCCAUUGCGCUUUAUGGAGACUGUCGGGUUGGAAUGCGCUGUUUGGCCGCACCUGUACUGGUGUCGCAGCAUGUGCGAAACCUUCGUGCGCAGCUCUGACCGGCGCCGCUUGGAUCGUGCACGCCGCGUGGCCGCUGGUGACGAGGAGCCGGACGACUUCGAAGCGGUCGAUGCGGACGGAGAUGCGGCAAUGCCUGCGGUUGUGGACGACGGCUCUGACCUCGAGGAGGACUCCGACGAGCCCAUCGAAGACGGAGACGGUCCAGGAGGGACGGAAACGCGGCAGAGCGCCAAGGCAAGCUUCAUGGCAAAGGUUUUCUCUUCCGUCAUCGGCUAUGGCUCCAACCGCCCCCUCGCCCAAUUUGUCUACGACUUAUGGCUGUGGAGUUCGCUUGGUGGGGCGCGCAACGCCGUGCCCACGACAUUGCGAGGUGCUCUGGCCGGUCGCAGCUUCUCUCCCCUGUAUUGGCGCAACAUGCAUGCUGGCCUGGUCGACUGCGCCCGCCAGAUCGGCUUUCCGUCCUUGUUCAUCACCGUGGCGCCACUUGAGAUGUCCGCCCCCUAUCACUGUUGGUUGGAGGACGAAUUGAAGAAGGCCUGCCGCGCGCGAACACACUUGCCUGCCGCGGAAACCUUCCACUUGGCUCACCUCCUCUUCCAGCUGGCUGAAGGUUUGUUGACGGGGACCAACCGGCAGCAGCAAGGAAGGCCUGCAAGAAGAUGGACGCGACACGUGCUGGCGGCCGAGGAUCCCGCGACUGCGACGGUCGUGGAGAUGUUUGGGCGCCUGGAAUUCCAGGAUGGCAAAAGGAAGCGACACGUGGGGCCUUCCCAGUCCUAUCAUGGUUCUGGCCGUGUGCACCUGCACAUGCUGGUCUGGCUGCAGAAUGCGGACCAAGUGCCCUGGUCCCGCAUCUUACGCGCCGACAUUCCCUCUGCAGAUGACGAGCCGGAGCUGCAUGAUUUGGUUCGCGGCUCCCAACUAGACUGGGACACCAGCGCUUGGCCGCGCCAUGACGGCCCGACCGUGUACGACAAGGACGCCCAGCUCUUGCGGUUGCAUCAUCCCGCAGAUGCCCAUGCAGCCCACGUCCGCGCCUUCAUGCCUGACGUCCUCGAAGCACUGCAGUGUCAUAUGGACGUCCAGAUGGGCGACGGCCGGGGGUUGCUGCUGCAGUACACCUCCACGUACGCGGCGAAGUUCAGCGACCAGUUCGCAAGCAGUUGGCUCAACGAGGAGGCGACCGACUUCCAGCUUGCCCGCAAGGUGUUGACCGAGUAUCACCCGCUCGAGCCAGAAAUGUGGCUCCAGCUCGGAGGCCAGCAAUUCCGGCAGGUGCUGCAGACGGGGGUGUUGCGGCGAGUGGUCCUGCGACCUCCUUGGAAAGGCUUCCCCCCAAGCCGCUGGGAGCAGCUGUACAUGACUUCUGCCUGGCGCCCGGAUGAUUGCACGCUCCUCGAGUUUCUCAGGCUUGCCAAUGAGUCGGGCGAGCGACGCAAGAACCGCCGGCGCGUCCUGGUGGCCGCUGCCAUGGAUUCAGCCUUCCACGAAAGCUUUUAUGGCCAGUGGCUGCUGCUCCACGUGCCUUUCCGUACCUUCGCGGAGCUUUGGGAUGACCGCGUUCUUGCUGUACCUGAAGGCUAUCGCAUGUUGGCCCUGUGUCUUUUGAAGCGCCCCGGCUUCUGGCGCCGUCUGCACGACGUUCGGGACGAGUUGCAGUUGGAGGGCCACAGAGACGCCCACAUCUGCAAUGUCCUCAGCAUGGUGGAAAGUCGCACGGCCGUCAUCGAUGCUUACCUCUCGGGACAGCUCGCCCUGGACGAGGACAUGCCUCCGGCCGACGGCUUCCUGGACGCGCCCGAAGUUGGCUAUCAGGGCGAGCUGGACCCAGAGCAGGCCGUCGUCGUCGAACACAUCCGGACCAUGGUCAACUUGGCGCUGGAACGCCGCUACCCUGAAGACCCCGACGGCACCGCCAUGCAGGAGUAUGUCCGGAAGCUGCAAACCAGCAGGGCACAGGUGGCCCGUCCCUUCUGCGUGCUGGGUCCUGCGGGGUCCGGCAAAAGCACGGCCGUGGAAGUGGCAAUCCGUCGCGCUGUCGACGCCGGCGCCCACGUGGGCAUCGCCUGUCCGACGGGUAUGCUUGCAAGCUCAUACCGCAGCAAGUUUCCCGGCUUGGACGUGGACACCUUGCAUGGCAUGUUCCUCCUGCACUUGCCGCAAGAGCAGACCUGGGACUGCAUGGCCUCCUUCGACGUGGUCGUCAUCGAUGAGAUCGGCCAGCUCUCGCGCUACACCCUGGAACGGUUGUUGUGGCUUUGGGACAACGCGGACCGCCGCCCCGCUAUCAUCUUCCUCGGCGACUUCCACCAACUCCGUGGGAUGGACAGUACCCGGGCCUGCGACAGCCCACGUUGGCAGCCGGUCGUCGUGCGCCACUUGCGCACUAUGCGCCGUUGCAAGUGCGCGGAACUGCGGUGGAAGUUGGAGCUCUUGCGGACUGCCAAGCCCAAUAAAGACCAGCUGCAUCGCAUCCUUCGCGGCCAUCGCGCUGCUCCGGAUCGCGGUCCGGGCGUGAGCCCAGAGCCCACGGAGCUGCACGUCCAGUUCAUCCUGGAGGAAACCCCACAGACUCUCUUCCUAACGAUCACGCGGCGCAACGCUGCCCUACUCAACGACCUGGCAGUCCAGGCACUCUACUCCGACGCGCUUCCCCUCGCGGUCGUUCCGGGCGACUACGAAAGCAACCUCGCCAACUACAACCAGGCCGGCCAGCUUGUCGACUGCGAGCCCGUGCAAGUCGCCAUCUACGAGGGUAUGCGGGUCACCCUGACCCGAAACCUCCAGAAGGAGCAGAACUUCGUCAACGGCAUGCGCUGCGUGGUUCUGGGGAUGCAGCGCGGCUCCGUGCUGGUCCGCACCGAGUGCGGCAACGUGCUCUCGGUUUUCCCCUUUACGGACGACGAGAUUGACAUCGACGGCGAGCAGCACCGUGCAACCUACUUCCCUCUCCGACUCGGCUAUGCCGUCACCUUGCAGAAGAUCCAAGGCGCCACCCUGGAGCAUAUUACUGUGUGGCUCGAUGUACCGAAUGUAGAAGCGGCUGCUUAUGUCGCCCUCUCCCGGGUCCAGUAUGACAACCAGUGGCGUUUUCUUGGACAUGCCACGCGACAUCACUUCACGCCCGCUUCCGGCAUCUGA